AUGCAUGGAGACUUGAUACACGUGCCACCUUCUGAGUUGCAUGCACUUGCAUCUCCUUGGCCAUUUUCAGUAUGGGGUAUUGAUAUUAUUGGGAAGAUCUCGCCCAAGUCUUCCAGUGGGCAUGAGUACAUUUUGGUUGCCACUGACUAUUUCACCAAGUGGGUGGAAGCUGCUUCUUAUGCUAAGUUGACAGCGGCUAGAGUGGCCAAGUUCAUCAGAUCGCAUAUUAUAUGCCGAUACGGGGUCCCUCAUGAGUUGAUCUCAGACAAAGGGGUGCAUUUCAAGGGCGAGGUGGACACGUUGAUUCAAGAGUAUGGCAUUCAGCAUCACAGAUCGUCUGCAUACAAGCCACAGACUAAUGGAGCAGUUGAGGCCGUCUCCAUUACUUCGGGGGAUAUCGAGGGUCACAUAUUGUCUUUCCAUUCAGUUUACUUGCCUUAG